UGCCCCAUCCUUGGUGUCAGGGGGAGGAAUAGUGCCCCAUCCUUGGUGUCAGGGGGAAGAAUAGUGCCCCAUCCUUGGUGUCAGGGGAGGAAUAGUGCCCCAUCCUUUGUGUCAGGGGGAGGAAUAGUGCCCCAUCAUUGGUGUCACUGGGAGGAAUAGUGUCCCAUCAUUGGUGUCAGGAGAAGGAAUAGUGCCCCCACCAUCGGUGUCACUGGGAGGAAUAGUGCCCCAUCAUUGGUGUCAGUGGGAGGAAUAGUGCCCCAUCAUUGGUGUCAGAGGAAGGAAUAG